CUCAAGUGUUCAGGAAGUUAACGCUUCUGUUAAGAGUUUGUAAACUUUCAAAGUAUGUAGACUAUAUUCAUAGCCUGAUUAUAAAAUAUACAUUGAUGACAUUGUCUUGCGUGAAAUGCAGAUUUUAGUUAAAUAAAAGGAAAUGUGCUUUAGGGCGUGGAUACAAAUCAUCAUGCACGUGCAUAUCGUUAUGAUGAUGUCCGUCGUACCUACCAGCAACCUGCACAUUCGUCGGGGAGAGUCCGCUUCAUUGAUUUGCGUGUUCCAAGAAGUGGAUAAGACAACAACGAUACGAUGGAAGUCGGCGAAAGAGGGAUUUCUUACGAGUGGAACAACGAUUUACAACCAUAUAAACAAUAUUGAGGUCCAAAAGCCGACUCAACACGACUGGACCUUGAUUAUUAAGAAGGUUGACAACAGGUUUGCAGGAGUGUAUACAUGUGAGACAAACACUGGAAAGAUAAUCUCCAAUUACACCUUGGAAAUAGUCGAUGGGCCUAGGAUUAACCUAGAUAAUUCGUCAGACUCUCAGGAAACGUGCUCAGAAGGCAGCACGCAUGAACUUUAUUGCCACUUCAGGGGUAAUCCUACGCCCACAGUACGUUGGUAUCGUGGUUUAAAGAACGCCGUUGACACGGGCAUAACUGGUGAAAUACUGCGGCUGCCGUCUGUGUCGCGCUACGCGUCUGACACGUACAUUUGCGAAGGCAAGAACUUUGUUAACAGCCGCAACUACACGAUCGACUUGCAAGUAAACUUUCCCGUGGAGGUUGAUGUUAUGGAAGAGGUUAUCAAAGUACAAGUUGGCGCAGUUGUUUCCCUGGUAUGUGCUGUGGAGGGACAGCCGAUAAAAGAAGGAUACUGGCGGGAUCCGCAGGGCAAGACGAUCAUCUCCGGAUGGAAAUUUAAUGUAACUGCUGAAAAAGACGGCGAUUUCCCGGUUCAAUAUAUAACAGCAACUUCCCAAGUUGGUGCAUUACUGUCUACAGACUUUGGAGACUACACGUGUGUAGGAGAAGGGGACAGCAAUUCCGCAAGUAAAGUGACUCGACUGGUGCAAUCAGAGUCAGCGAGUGAUGUGAUCAACUAAAAUUGAACAAAGAAUUGUUUCCCUAGUCACUCGAAAACGUGUAUACAGUGUUCAUCUAUAUUCCUGCCUUGCAAACAAGGAACAACAACAAGCAAUUAUAAAUUGAAAUAUUCUCAUACAUAUAUACAUGGCUUAAAAUAUGCGGAAAAGAAAUGCGAUAUUAUAAUAAAAGAGUAUGUUUUAUAGCAGCUUCGUUCAAAUAGGUAUACAAAAUAUAUUUGUAAUAUGUGUACUAUCAUUAUUUAAAAACGAAACGAAUUGGUGAUAUACCCUUACUGUAUUCAUAAUAAUUUCGGUAAUUGCUUAGCACAAGUACUUUUGAAUUUGCAAAAGGAUGGUUAGUAUUGCCUUUCACAUUUAACAAUGAAAUCAAUUAAAUAAACUCAGGUUUUUGAGUAUUCCUACGUGAUAAAAAGCCUGUACAACAUAAUUGUAAUAUCACGAUUCUUUUAUUCAGCGACAAAUAAACAACUGACAUCAUGCAUAAGUUUACGAGUCUACGGCUAUAAAUAUUAUACUUAUUGUCAACAUUGAAUGUCGUGUAGAUUUAGCUUACAAUUUAGCACACACGAGUAAAGUGUUGCGUUGAAAUUUGACGUAUGAGACAUAAGUUAUCUCCCCGAAGAUAAACAACAACAACUGAACAGGACUAAUGCAUCCUUUAAAUGACAAAAGACAGUGUAUACACAAAUCUGCCAUAACCCAGUUAAUCACGUACAACGUUUUCAAGCAUACAAUAUUGAAGAGUUUAUCUACCAGUAUGUGCAUGCUGCAAAAUGAUAUUAUGUUUAUAACGUAGAUUAUCUCUUGCAUGUAGCUUGUCCUGUAUGGCGUCCAUUUUUGAUUCAGUAUUUGUAUUCCUCGUUAAUAUGUAUUUAACAUAAUAAACUAGCCGCCGAAAACAAAUUCUUCUAUUUAUGGCGUUAAAUGAUAAAGUGUGUAACGAUGUUUGCUUGCUUAUUGCGAUACAAAUAUGUAUCUUGAUUCUUUUUUGUAAAGGGGCAAUUAGCUGUGUUGUAACUGAAAUGCACUGUGUAGCGUUGUAUACAAAUAUAUACAGUCAUACCUGGAUUCAGCGGUCAGUCAAGGGAAAUGACCAAAGUGACCGUUGUCCACAGGUGACCGUUGAAAUCGGAUCUCAAUUUAAAGAUGGUUGGUCAGUUGGUAGUAUUGCUACGUCGUUACCCCCACCCAGUCGUUUGCAUACAGUGUCAAACAAAUGCUCAUUGCUGUUAACUAAGCUAAGCCAAUUUAAUGCACGAUUUAUUAACGCACAAUACAAUACACGAGGUUCAGGUCUGGGAGGGGACUUAUAGUAUCCCUACUGAGAAGUACUGUUUUCCAAACAACUAUAUCGACUGAUUGCAUUUUGAAAAUAGUUGUUGGCGUUCGUAAAUGAGUUUAAUGUGCGCUUUAAUUAGGCAUGAGGGGCAGACGGAAUGAAAAAGGAAGUGGAGCUACAUGUGUGAUGUGCGGUCGGUGAAUAACAACAAAAAUCACGUCCGCUGGGUUGAAAGGAACAUUUCCACAUAGUAUGAAUAUGGAAACAAUUCUGCUACAUUCAAUUUUUAAUUUUAGGAAUUUGCGGAUCAUAGAAUGGACUCGAGGUCUUUUGUGAAGAGUUAUUUAAAUAAGUAUAGUAGUUAUGGCGAUGUAGACUUAUUUCAGGAAACACCAACACCGAUGUCGAAGAAUACUCGUACGAAUUUAAUGAAAGUGCUCUGUAAUGAAAGGUCGAGCUUAGAACUACUUUGUGUCAUUUGCGAUUUUAAUUAAGGCAUUUUGAGUCCUCUUUAUUUGAAUCCGUCAUCUAGGCGAAAUGCGAAAAUCGUACCGUAAAUAAAAUAUGACAUCCUCGCCCUUUAAUUUUUACUGAGGUGAUGUGAAUUCGCCUAAAAUGCUGUGUAAGAAUAUAAAUUCUGAAUCUCUCCCAAGCAAAAUAGUUCAUGAUGUAAGUUUUAACUAGUAAAAUAUAAAAAAAUACCUGGGGCAAGGCCAUGAAUUAUUUUUUAGAUAAUAUUGGAUAUGGAUACCUAUGGCCAAUGUUCGAUUAUAACUGUAGCUAUGCACAUAUGUUAGAACAAAGAAUCCGUGAUCAAUAUAUACAUACUUUGUGCGAAAUUGUUAGUUCACAAAGCAACUUAUACUAUUUUAACAAGUUUAAAACUGUUUUAAAAUAUGAAAAAUAUCCAAAUGCAGUAGACCACGAUAAUUAUAGAAUCGCAUUAACACAACUGAGACUAUGUUCCCACCAGCUUGAGAUCGAAACAGGUAGAUUCAAUAAUGUUAAUAGAUUAAGAAGACUUCGUAAACUGUGUAACCUAAAUGUAGUUGAAUCGGAAUUCCACUUUGUACUUUGUUGUCCCUUGUAUCAAGAUUCAAGACAAAAUUAUAAUAUCUCAAAUGAUUUUAAUACACUGAAUAAAUUUAUUAAGCGCUUAUGUCGUCAACUGAAACAGGAGUGUUAAGACGCCUGGCAAAAUUUGUAUAUUUUUCUAUGAAACGACGUUCCCAAACCCUAGAUUGUAUUGCUUCUUAAGCUGUAUUAAUAUGCAUUUGUCAGAGGUAUUCAUGUAUUUGUUUGUCUUUCGAUAUGUAUUUGUUCAUGAAUAUUUUGAUAUCAUGCAAUUUAAACUUAACAUAUUGUUUUACAAUGACAAUCGCUUUGUUAUAUUGUAUUUGUAAAUGGCCAAAGGCAUGGAUUAUGCCGAUUUGCCUAAUAAAGUAUAGUAUUCAUAUA